AUGGUGAAGCCGGCUUCUGUAGACGGUAACGGGUUGAAAAAAGGCGCGUGGAGUGAGGAAGAAGAUGAAAAGCUAAGGGCUUAUAUUCAGAGGUAUGGCCAUUGGAACUGGAGAUUGCUGCCCAAGUUUGCUGGUUUGUCAAGGUGUGGAAAAAGUUGCAGGCUAAGAUGGGUCAACUAUUUGAAGCCUGGGGUCAAAAGAGGAAACUUCACCAAGGAAGAAGAGGAUAUGAUCAUUGAAUUGCAUUCCCAGCUUGGAAAUAAGUGGUCAGCCAUUGCAGCAAAACUUCCGGGAAGAACCGACAACGAAAUCAAGAACUUCUGGCACACGCGCGUUGGGAAAAGCCGGAAACAAAGUCCAUUGUCCGCCGAUACUAAUAAUUCGACCGAAAUUUCUGAAGAUCAGGAGUUAAAUGAAGAGGAAUACACUUUUCGCGAGACGGGUCAAAAUGAUGAAUCCACUCCCUUAGAUGGGUCGGGCUUGUUCAUGGAGCCCGACCCGAUAGAUUCUUGGCCCAAUUCAUUUUCGACCGAUACUGCAGCCUACGGGCAGAAUAAUUAUUACUACCCGCCAGUACUGCCCGAGGAAGAUUUUUUCUAUUCGGAGUUCGGUUAUGGUAAUCAAUUAUCAAGCACGGGCGACUCUUAUUAUUCGAACAACCAACCGAGUUUUUGGGAAAAACCUUUUGCAUCAGAUAUUGCAUCAACUUCACAAUGUCAAACUAGUUAUGAUCCACAUGAAGAGGAAGUUGGAGGAGUUUAUGAUCCUUUAUUUGAGGACUUUGAUCAUGGGAUCAAUUUGUUUAAUUAGCUAGAAAUUAGUUGCAUGAAACGAGUUAGGGUUUAUAGUUUGAGAAUAUUAUAUAUCUGUGUGUGUGGGAUACUUGACUUUUGUAAAUGAG